GCAAGGCAAGAGCCCUGCUGCCCACAGAGCACCCACGCCUCGCCGCAGCCCACUGGAGGGAGGGGAGAGGGACAGGUCGGGGACGCCGGGUACAGCAUGGCUGCAUCGCCCACAGGGUCGGUGGUGAGCGCUGGGCUGGACGAUAGCCCCACGGGGCUGAGCCCGGCACCCGGCAAAGCACUGAGCCCUGUGCUGCUGUGCAGGGUGUGUGGGGACACCAGCAGUGGGAAGCACUACGGCAUCUAUGCCUGCAACGGCUGCAGUGGUUUCUUCAAGCGCAGUGUCCGCAGGAAGCUGAUCUACAGGUGCCAGGCUGGGACAGGGCUGUGCCCAGUGGACAAGGCGCACCGUAACCAGUGCCAGGCCUGUCGGCUCAAGAAGUGCCUGCAAGCUGGCAUGAACAAGGAUGCCGUGCAGAAUGAGCGCCAGCCCCGCAGCACAGCCCAGGUCCGGCUGGACAGUAUCGAGCUGGAUGCUGAGCUGCCCCCCGAGCACGUGGCCACCACCCGUGAGGUCCCUCCCAUUCCCUGCUUGGCUCCCUGUGGUCCUGGUGCCACCGUUGCCAUCACACCAGGUCCCCGAGCACCUACACCGCCCACCAACCAUCGCUUCAUGGCCAGCCUGAUGACAGCUGAGACCUGUGCGAAGCUAGAGCCUGAGGACGCUGAUGAGACAGUGGAUGUGACAGGCAGUGAGCCAGAACGGGCAGUUGGCGAGUACCAGGUAGCACCUUACCCAGCAGCCAGCCCCGAAAAUGUCUACGAAACCUCUGCACGUCUCCUCUUCAUGGCAGUGAAAUGGGCCAAAAACCUGCCUGUCUUCUCCAACCUGCCCUUCCGUGACCAGGUGAUCUUGCUGGAGGAAGCAUGGAGUGAGCUCUUCCUGCUCUGUGCCAUCCAGUGGUCCAUGCCUCUGGAGAGCUGCCCGCUGCUGGCUGUCCCUGAGCUGGCCCCAGGAAAGUUGCUACCAGCUGCCCUGGAUGUCCGGGCAUUGCAGGAGACCCUUGGCCGCUUCAAGGUGUUGGCAGUUGACCCCACUGAAUUUGCCUGCAUGAAGGCAGUGGUGCUCUUCAAACCAGAGACGCGUGGCCUGAAGGAUCCCGAGCAGGUGGAGAACUUGCAGGACCAGUCACAGGUGAUGCUGGGCCAGCACAACCGUUCUCACUACCCCGGGCAACCCGUCAGGUUCGGGAAGCUGCUGCUGCUCCUCCCCGCACUGCGCUUCAUCUCCUCUGAGCGCGUGGAGCUGCUCUUCUUCCGCCGGACCAUCGGCAACACCCCCAUGGAGAAGCUGCUGUGUGACAUGUUCAAGAACUGACCUCCCCCACCUCAAUGUUCCCUGGCUUGUUUGUCACCCUGCACUGCCACCUUGUCAUCCUCACCAUGGAUCCCCUCCUCCCGAGAUGCUAUGGGGUGUGAAGGUGCCCAUGGUCCUGUCUCCAGGGUGGUGGUGGGGACCCUGAGAUGCUGCUGGCAGCUGGGAUGUGGGCCCGGCUUUGCUGAGGACACAUGGCCACCCAGGGAGACAGCAGCCUGACGGUGGCAUUGGCCCAGGGGUGAUGCCAGCCUGGAGCAUGACACCAGACCAGGGGUAACAUGGGCCAUGGGGAGAUGACAGCCCAGGGUGUGACAGAAGGCCAAGGGUGACGAUGGUUGGGGGUGAUGGCAGCUCAGGCCUGACACUAGCCCAGGGAUGAUGCCAGGCUGUGUUAUGACACAAGACUAAGAGUGGUGCUGGCUGGAGGCGAUGCCAGCCCAAGGGUGACACUAGUCAUAGGAUGAUGGCCAUCCUGGGAGGGAUGUCUGUCUAGGGAUGACACUGGCUGGGGAUGACCACAGCCCAGGGGUGACCCCGGCCUACAGUGACCCUAGUCCAGGGGUGAACCCCUCCCAGGACUGGGUUUUCCCCAGCAGUGACCUCAGUUCCAUCACCCCAAGGAUGCACGGGGGUGGCCCCUUGGCCCCGUGUCUGGGGGCCCCGCUCUCCCGUAGACUCCAAACAAAGAGAACACAGGCGGCCGAGAUCCCCGUGCCACUGACUUGUGGCCCCUGAUCUCGCGGGGUGAAGGCAUCCACUGAACAGCCAUAGAGUGAAUAAAUACACUGAAAAUACAUUAUUUUGGUGUAAAUAAGUUAAAUACAAACCAGAUGUGUGUAUAUAAUCCAAA